CCGGUACCUUAAGAUAACCUCAUAACUUACUGUGUAAGUAAAGGUCGUUGAGCCAGCUGCUUUAUCAGUCUUGAACCAUUUUCUCUGGCUGUUUGCUUUACUGGUGACAAUUUGAAACUGAAAAACCUUCCUCGGAGAGAACAUACGAUGGGUUCUGAUUGGACGCAACUCCCCUCAGAACUGCUGGAAUCAAUCUCCAAGAAGCUCAAUAUUUACGCCGAUUACCUUCGAUUCCAGGCCGUCUGCCGGAGUUGGCAAUCCGCUGCCCCCAAAAUCCCACAUCACCUCCCUCUGCAGCCCCCAUGGCUCAUGCUCCCUCCUACUUCUCAGCAAACUUACCGUGCCGUUUUCGAUCUCUCCACCCACGAACUCCACUGUCUCUCCCUUCCUGAAGAUUGCACCAAGCCAUCCAUGAGCCCCCGUGGCUCUUCCCAAGGCUGGCUCUUUAUCCUCGAUUUAUCCCCAAAUAUCUUCCUCCUUAACCCUCUUACUCGAUCCAAGCUCGAUUUGCCUCCGCUUUACAGUUUCCCCAAUGUAAGAAGCUUCGAUUCUCACUAUAUUGAUGGUGAAUACAUGCUCCAGUCCUCCUCUCCCCAAGGUUUCUCCUAUCGUCGAAGUUCGCCGUACAUGCGAGAUUGUUACAUAAAGAAAGUAGUGCUCUCCUCCAGUCCAUCUAAGGAUCCCAAUUUUGUGGCCACGGCGAUUGUUAACUUCCCCGGCCAAUUGGUUUAUUGCAGGAGCGGGGAUGAUUCCUGGAGCGUUACUGAAGUUCCAAAUUCUUUCUCUGAGGAUGUUAUAUAUUUCCAUGGGUCGUUUUAUACCGUGAACAAUUUUGGUGAUUUGGCUGUCUGUGAUCUAAGUGGUGCUUCGCCUCAGGUUUCUUUCAUCAGAACGCCCCGGACAUCUCCUUUCCGCUGCGAAAUACUGUAUUUGGUGGGUUCGGAUGACGGGUUAUUUCUGCUGGCACGACAUCAUGGUACUGAAUGGCUGGGUGGUAAUGACGGCCGACGUCGAACUUUCAAGUUUGAUGUUUUUAGGCUGAACUGGAGUGGACCUGUGUGGGAGGAGGUAACAAGUUUGGAAGGGAAGACGCUGUUUGUUGGGGAGAGUUCUUCCUUCUCCUUGCGCGCUUCUGAUUUUCCAGGUUGUAAGUAUAAGGAGAACUGCAUAUACUAUACUGAAGAAUACUCAGAAAGUAAUUUUGAUUAUGGAAUGUAUGCGGAUAGGGGAGGUGAUAUAGGCAUUUACAAUGUGGUAAAUGGGAAUAUCGAAUCUUUGCCAACAUUUUUCUUCCAGACAUUACAGUGGCCACCGCCAAUAUGGGUUACACCGAAUCCAUGGUAAAAAGCAGGAGCUUUAAUGGCAUGGUUCUGGUUGCUGCAUGUGGGUGUUUUUAGUUGAUAGUUCAAGCUUCAAGGGAUCAAUAUUGUUAACAGUAAGCCAUUGUGCAUUCAUCUGUGUCAGUGUGUUUAAGAACUCAGCUUCAUAUGUAGCAGAGCUGGAGGGUUGUCAUGAAAUCUUCACUUGGAUGUCUCGUCUACCUUCACUUGUUUCAUUUGAAGUUUUCUAUUUUUAUAAAUGAAUUGAGUGUCUCUUC